AUGGGUAGUGUUGGGCGAGUAGAGGCAAUCCCCAUGGCGGGCAGCGCGGCGUGCUGCGGCCCGGGUGGGGGGGGGAGGGCUAGCAGCGUCAGACGGAGAGCAGGUGCAGGUGCACGGCCCAGCCCGUGGGCGCGGUCCAGGCGGGCAGCGCGGCGUGCUGCGGCCCGGGUGGGGGGGGGAGGGCUAGCAGCGUCAGACGGAGAGCAGGUGCAGGUGCACGGCCCAGCCCGUGGGCGCGGUCCAGGCGGGCAGCGCGGCGUGCUGCGGCCCGGGUGCACGGCCCAGCCCGUGGGCGCGGUCCAGGCGGGCAGCGCGGCGUGCUGCGGCCCGGGUGGGGGGGGGAGGGCUAGCAGCGUCAGACGGAGAGCAGGUGCAGGUGCACGGCCCAGCCCGUGGGCGCGGUCCAGGCGGGCAGCGCGGCGUGCUGCGGCCCGGGUGGGGGGGGGAGGGCUAGCAGCGUCAGACGGAGAGCAGGUGCAGGUGCACGGCCCAGCCCGUGGGCGCGGUCCAGGCGGGCAGCGCGGCGUGCUGCGGCCCGGGUGGGGGGGGGGAGGGCUAGCAGCGUCAGACGGAGAGCAGGUGCAGGUGCACGGCCCAGCCCGUGGGCGCGGUCCAGGCGGGCAGCGCGGCGUGCUGCGGCCCGGGUGCACGGCCCAGCCCGUGGGCGCGGUCCAGGCGGGCAGCGCGGCGUGCUGCGGCCCGGGUGGGGGGGGGAGGGCUAGCAGCGUCAGACGGAGAGCAGGUGCAGGUGCACGGCCCAGCCCGUGGGCGCGGUCCAGGCGGGCAGCGCGGCGUGCUGCGGCCCGGGUGGGGGGGGGGAGGGCUAGCAGCGUCAGACGGAGAGCAGGUGCAGGUGCACGGCCCAGCCCGUGGGCGCGGUCCAGGCGGGCAGCGCGGCGUGCUGCGGCCCGGGUGGGGGGGGGAGGGCUAGCAGCGUCAGACGGAGAGCAGGUGCAGGUGCACGGCCCAGCCCGUGGGCGCGGUCCAGGCGGGCAGCGCGGCGUGCUGCGGCCCGGGUGGGGGGGGGGAGGGCUAGCAGCGUCAGACGGAGAGCAGGUGCAGGUGCACGGCCCAGCCCGUGGGCGCGGUCCAGGCGGGCAGCGCGGCGUGCUGCGGCCGGGGGGGGGGGGGGAGGGCUAG